AUGAGCGCCUUUACAGAAGCCAACCGAAAGGCGUUCGAGUGAGAUCCUCUCCACUCUCAUUCCUGCCGUUCAACCCCACUGACAAGAAGAAAGCGAAAUGUCCGCCACCUACAACUCCAAACAAUGGCAAAUCGACCUCUCAAACCAAGUCGCAACCGCCCUGCAAGCACGCAAAGACUGGCUCGGAGCCCAAUGGACCACUCCGGACUCAGACACCGACAUUCGACUGCUAGACUACGCCUGCGGCACCGGCUCCAUCACCAAGGCACUCGGCCCUCACGUCAGCACAAUCCGCGGCAUCGAUCUCAGCGAGAACAUGGUCCAGAAAUACAACGAAACGGCCCUCACCUCCGGCCUUUCCCGCGAGCAAGCCCACGCGGUUGUAGGCGAUCUCUGCGGCGAAGCAAUCCCCCCAACCUUGCUCGGACCCGAAUGGUACAAUUUCGACAUCGCAGUCAUCGGGCUCGGAUUCCACCAUUUCGAAAACCCCGCCCUAGCGGCAAAACGGCUCGGCGAGCGCCUGAGACCAGGCAGCGGGGUGCUGGUGAUUGUAGAUUUCCUUCCAUUCGAUCACAGGAAAGAUCAGGGAUCAAAGGAGGGAGCCGGGAAUUUUCCGGAUAUGCAGCAUACGAUUAAACAUAAUGGGUUCACGCCGGAGCAUUUGAGGGAUCUGUAUACGGCUGCGGGAUUUGAGGAUUUUGAUAUUGUGGCUUUGAAGCAGCCGGCUGUGAUGGAGCUGAAGAGUGGGACGGUGCAGAGGACGAUGUUUGUGGCGAAGGGGAGGAAGGUGGCGACUGCGUGAGCAGCCCUUUUGUCUUGGUGACUUUUUCCCCUGUCGGUUCUAAUGGGUGUCUUAGAUGGCAGAAGCUUUCGACUUGGCUUGGCGGUAUGCAAGGUGAGUGACGGGCAAGCAGUCCCAUGUCAGAGGCUAGAGACUGAUGUGGCAACGUGCAGAUUGGGCCGCGGGAGGUGUGAAGGUGGACAGGAGAGACGAACAUGAAUGGGAACCGGGCUUCUCCACGGGUGGUGCGGUCUGGAAUAUCGGAAAGCAGAAAGAUGAAGAUUACGAUGCGUUCAAGCAGCAGGCGAAACCGAAAGCCUGGAGUGGCUUCUAG